AUGACGUCAUUAUCGAUUGUAGGCAAGGAGAUUUACAGCGGGCACGCUCCAAUAUUGCAGGAUAUAGCAUCGUCUGAGCCUCUCCCUGAUCCAGAGGACAUUCCUACAAGACGACCCCGAUGCAAGAAUGGUGUAUUCGAUCCACAAGUGCUAUCUUAUGAUCUCGAACAGGAAAGUCGGCAAGAUGCGCCUAUCCUCGGUGGAUGCUUCGCCUCCGAUAGGGAUAUCACUCCUGAAGAGUGGUCUACUUUACGAGCGCACGUACUUGCUCUUUGGGCUGGAAAGGGUAGUCUGACGCGGGCGGGGAAUGCUGAGAUGGAAAUGCAAACUCGCGUAGAUGAAUGGAAUACCCGUUUCUUUAGCUCGAGGGGUAUGCUCCUUGUGCUGUUCGCUGGAAACAUAGCCAAAGGCGGGUCACUUUCAGGAUUCAAAGAAACGCGGAUUGCUUUCAAAACAAUUUGCGACCAAGAACCUUUCUCUGAAGAAGAGAAUGUGGUCAUCAUCGACUCGGCUGAUCGCUCCGAAGCCAGUGUCAAACCAUCUUGGAUCCGCAACCGCUCCCGGAUACCAUACGCUCUCGUCAUGUACGACUUACAUCACACGCAUCUACCACUGGCAAUACAGGAUGCUCGCGUCAGCCAAGCACCAGGGUGCUCUCUUCCUUGUAUGGUUUCCAAAUCCGCGCCGACGCCGCUGCCCAACGCGUCAAACAACGUGCCAAACAACGCGCCAACAGAGUCCUAUCGAGAGACCAACGUUACAACCAAACACACUGGAGAGAUGGCUGCGCCGAUCUCGUCCACUGUUCCAUUGACCGCACGCGCCAACGCUGAGCACAUUUUUUACUCCCUUCUGACCGAUAGAACUCGUCUCUGCUGGGAGGUGGAUGUCAACCUGGCACUCCCAGAUUCUGGUAUCGCACUCGUCGACCACGCGCUCCAGCCGUUUCUUGAAAGCAUCUUCUGGACCAUGUUUUACCAAGAGAACCAUCUCGAGCCACGACUCGGUUCGCAAACGGGGCGUCGGCUGGUGAAACCUACGUUGAGUCUCAGCUCGGCGUUGAGUCGAAACGUCGCGGCCAUGCUGCGACUGGUUGAUGAUCCGAGCAGUGACCGUAGUAACCCUUCCAUAUAUUCAGUACUCUACAGGUUGGAGUCUGAGAAUAUUUCGGAACCAUGUUACUACUGUUACAUAUGCAUGCUCCAGUUCCCCAGGUCGAGCAUGGACGAUAUGCUAGGCCACAUCCGGGAGCACUUGGGUCAUCGACCGUAUGUCUGCAAUUGCCGCAGAUGUACUUCGAAAACUCGUGCUUCGCACUUCCACUCUGAAAAGGCACUGAUACGGCACCAAGAGGAGACUCGUCGGAUUGCUGUAGGCCGCCAAGACUUCCAGUCAGGUCCAAAUGCAUAUUCGAUGCGAAAAUUUGAAGAGGUGUUGGAAUGA